AUGUUCACAACUCGUGCUCUCGCCUCAGCCUCGCGUGCAUUCACCGAAACAACCACUUCUUCUCCAUACAUUCGAGCGAUGCCUCAAACGAGAGUCCCGAUUGAGACGUUUCAGGCGAAUUUCAGUCAAAAAAUCGACUCAUUCAGCAACAUCUCCUCCAAACCACUGGAUUCAUCGACUUUUGCUCAACAAUCGCCAAAAUUCGUCUCCAACUCGAACUCCAGCUCGACACCUCGUUUCAAUCCAUUUAUGACUAAACAA